GGAAUACCAUGGCAAGAGUCAAGCAAACAGCAACUAAGAAGAAAGGUGCCGGAGCAUCCGCUUCCACGAAGCUAGUGCCUAAGGGUAAGCCGACGAAGGGCAAGCGGAGGAAGGGUAAGCCCACAAAAAAUUCCAAACCUGGUUCUGCUCCUAGUGAAGCUUCAACACGGAAGCCUCGUCGCUUUAAGCCCGGAACUGUUGCUCUCCGGGAGAUCCGGAAGACCCAGAAAUCAUGCAAUCUUCUUAUUCCUAAAGCCCCGUUUGUCAGGCUUACUAGGGAGUUCAGCACAUUUUAUUCACCGGAUAUGAAGCGCUGGCAAGCAGAUGCUCUUUAUGCACUUCAGGAGGCGUCUGAGUCGUAUUUGGUGGAACUCUUAGGACAUGCGCAGCUGUGUGCUAUUCACGCCAAGCGCGUCACACUUAUGAAGAGCGAUUUUCAAUUGGCAAGGCGCAUGACAGGGAAAGGUCAACCUUGGUGAUUUGGUGUAGCCACCGUUACCUUUAUUGUAUAGAUUUUUUGUUGGCAAAAGACUGUUGAAUGGUAAUGUGUAGCAUAUGCUUUUGUUAGAUUUACGGUUGCGUUCCAGGUAAAUGUAACUGAAUGGCAAUGGUAGAUUUGGUAAUGUAAUGGUAAUGGUAGAUUUGGGAAAAAUACUGCAAUAAUACUAAAAAGUCAACAAUGACUAAAUGUAACUGUUCAUGAGUAUCUGUGUAUUUAAAACGAAAUAAAAUGACCUCAUUGCCCUGAAAUGUUCGUCUUCCAUAGAGAUUAAACUGAAAAGUAAUUUUAUUAAUAAACGGAAACCAAACAAUUUUAUAGGCGUGUGCCAACACUCAACAUUUAUUGUGUGCGGUACAGGAGAAGGAAACACCUUCUACAUAGGCAUUUCAAAGGAGGCGUUAACUUGAGGAAGAAGCUGGUGAAUUGAAAGAAAGAAAGCAAUAGCGGAGAAAGGGGAUGGGGCCUGGAGGAGUGGUGGAUGUAAAAAAGACGAAGGAAACCAGGUCUUCAACGACGGCUAGCAACAUAAUUACAGUGAACAAUUGGAUUUAAGUCUGCAUAGGGUUGGGUUUCCAUGCGAGCACACACUAAGCAGAAGUAUAGGGACAGUAUUACGGCAUUGUGGUCUAAAUAGAUGCGGAUUGGAAUGAAAUGUGGAACCUUUAAUGUCGGACAUUGGUCUGCAGUGUCCAAAGAGUUAUGGGAGUAGGCCAGUAGUUUAACGUGGGUAAUAGAUAGGAAAUGAUAUGUAUAAAAAGUUACUUUGGGCAGUAAGUACAAGGGAGUCUAAUUGUGUAUGAGGUAGAGAAUGGGUAGUAAGGGCAGUACUGCAGUAGGUAGGCAGUAACUCAAACAUGAUCUAUCUUUCUGUAGAACGAAAAAAUGAGAGCAAUAAGCUGAUUGAGUAAAAUAAGAGCACUAUAUGAAAUACAGAAGCAAUAAGUUUUUUUU